AUGGCAAUAGUAGAAGAUUCCAUAGUAACAGAGUCGAGCUUACGUUUUUAUUAUAAGAACUUUUGCCCAGUAAAAGACCUGAUUAGAUGGAUAUCAUACGAGGAUUCCACAAUUUUAAAUAAAAGAGAGAUAUCAUUUACAUACCAAAAAGGAGGUAUGAAUGACGUAAGUGAGAUAUAUGUAAGAUGGCAGAGUUUUGAUGGGUCAGACAAGUUUUAUAAGACCUUAUGCGAAUUUGACACAGUACCAUUUAAGUUUGAUAUAGGAGCAAUAUACUCGAAGAAGAUAGCACUGAUGCACCUGACGACGGAUUUUAGACCAGUACAGAGAGAACUGGUCUUUGAUAUAGAUAUGGACGACUACGAUAACUAUAGAACAUGCUGCACAGAUAAAAAAGUGUGCAUCAAGUGCUGGAGAUUCAUUAAAAUUGCAGUGGAGUUGAUAACGAGGACGCUGGAAGUAGAUUUUGGAUUUAAAAACAUACUCUGGGUGUACUCAGGAAGAAGAGGAAUACACUGCUGGGUAUGCGACAGUAAAGCGAGAAGCCUACCAGCAGAAGGAAGAAUAUCAAUAAUAGACUACCUCAACUUAAUAUCAGAAGGGUACACAAAAAAAGUAAACGUGUACGGAAUGGAGUCGCACCCACUUAUAGCAAGAGCAUUCGACGUGUGCUACAGAAACUUCAAGGACCUCCUGGUGGAGCAGAACCUCUUUAAAAACAAACAGCACGUAAACUCGCUGCUGGACUAUAUACCUGAGAGGUACGCGCCAGCGAGAAAGGCGGUAAUGAACGCAGGAAAGGUGACAAGCUCCCUGGACUUUUUCAACUCGCUCUGCGACAGCCUUAACGUGCAGAGACCAGGAGAGUACACGACAUCGAAGGCGCACACGAGCGGCGGAAGUGGAAGAAGCACGAGUGGGAUCCCAGGGGGAGUCAGAGGAACGAGGAACUACUUCCCAAGCUUCUUCAUGGACAUCGUAAUAGCAUUCUCGUACCCGAGGCUUGACGUUAACGUCACGAAGGACAUAGGUCACUUGCUGAAGGCGCCCUUCUGCGUGCACGCAAAGACAGGAAGGAUAUGUGUGCCAGUGGACCACGAGAAUAUGGACAAGUUUAACCCACAGAGUGUGCCAACAAUAGAAUCCCUGGAAAAUUUCUUUAACAGAGGAGGAGACCCACAAAACUCACCAAUAUCGCAGUACGUAGUCUACUUUAGGGAAAAAUUCCUAAGCAGAUGCAUAGUUAGCACAAAAAAAGGCAAACACAAUGGUGUGGAUUUUUGA